UUAUUAUUAUUAUUAUUAUUAUUAUUAUUACUAUUAUUUCUAUCUAUCUAUUAUAUUAUUAUUUUUAUUUUUAUUAUUAUUAUUAUUAUUUAUAUUCUUUUAGUCUUUUUUUUUUUUAAAUUACUUUUAUAUAUAUUGCUAAAAUGCUUCAUGAAGAAGACGAUCCUUUAUCAAGUUCCAUCUUCGGUUCCACUCUUCAAUCUUCUUUUAUGGAUGGGAGAUCUAUGCAAACACCAGUCUUCUCUUCUUCACAUUACGAUGAUGUUAACGAUCCUUGGGGAAAUACAAGUGCAUUUGAUUCUAGUCAUAAUGAAAUAGGUCGUUCAUUUACUACUCCUAAUAUUCAAGCUUUAUCUUCGACAACGACUGGUGGAAGUCGCACAAACGGUCAUAUGGAAUCUAACUCUUUCAAUAAUGGUACACCUACAGCAGCAAUGGUCUUAUCUGGUGUUCGUUUGCCCGAGUCCUACAAUACUCUAUUUGCAGGAACUCAACGAUCUGGACGAGUAUCUCUUACAUCACUUCACAAAAUACUAGAAAGAGCUAAUCUUUCAGCUAGAGAUGUAGAAAAGAUUAUACAACUUGUUGUACCAAACGGCACCUCUUAUGUCACUCGACCAGAAUUUACGACAGCCUUGGCAUUGAUUUACUGUGCACAAAAUAAUUUUGAACUCUCACUCAAUAGUCUAUACCAACAACGUCAAGCUCUUGGUACUCCAGUACUUACAACUUUUACAAAAGACAAAGUGCCCAAUCCACUUAACGGUUCAAUAGCAGUCGUACCAUCACCACUUACAACAGCUGAAGAAUCAAUAGGAUCAAUACCAAAAACAACAAAUGGUCUUACAGUAUCUCCCACUUCAACUAUACAACAUGAUAUCCCUCAGCAAAAACUAAACACCAAAAAUUGGUUCAAAAACAUUGAAGAAAUUAAAUUGACAAUAGCACCAGAACGAGAAGGAUUCAUCUUCAAACAUGUCAACUAUAUCGUUACCAGUCAAAAAAGGUCUUCAAUUGUAUUGCGACGCUUUAGUGAUUUUUGGUGGCUCAUGGAAAUUUUGGCUCGACGUUAUCCUUAUCGAAUGUUACCGAAUUUACCUCCCAAAAAGUUAGGUGGCCGUGAUGCUGCGUUUUUGGAGAAACGAAGAAAGGGACUUUCAAGAUUUAUCAAUGCUGUAGUACGCCAUCCAACAUUACGUACUGACUCUGUGGUAACCAAGUUUUUAACUGAACCUUCUGAAUUGGCAGCCUGGAGGAAACAAUAUUCUCCCUCUGUAGAUGAUGAAUACAAACGAAAACAACACGAUAUUGAAGAUAUGAAAUCAAUGAUUCCCAACGAUCUUGCUGACCGGAUCCAGAAGACUCGAACUAGUGUUGGUUCAUCUAUUGAUCAUUAUGUAAACUUGUGCUUUAUUAUGGAAAGAACAAUUAGACGAAUGCAUGGUCAGGCUACAGAUUAUGUUCGGUACAGUAUUGCACUCAAUUCCCUUGCUGAAUCCGAACUUAGGUAUCAUGCUUCAGAAUGUAGAAGUUGCCGAUCAAUAGUUCAUGGAUAUGAAAAAGUGGCUAAACAUAUGCAAAAAGAAAGUAGUAUUCUGGAUAAUCAGGUAUCCAUUUCUGCAGAUGGGAUAUUGGAAAAUUUGAAACAGGUCCGGGAUCUCUUAGUAUCAUUCAGGGAAUUAGUGGAUCGAAAAGAAAAAUUGACUGUGGAUAAUUCGGAUAUCUUGAUGAAACGUAUCAAUUCCACCAAAGCGAAAAUAAAUCAAAACAGAGGUGUACCUGGGAUGGAGACCGAAGUGGAACGAUUGCUGCAGCAACUGCAAUCGGAUGAACACGAAUUACGGGAUCAAAAAUGGCGACAAACAUUCAUUGAUUAUUGUAUAUGGUCGGAAAUGACUUUUCUUCACAAACAACAAGCAUUUGUGUCCACUUUAUAUCGAAACUAUGUCAAGGAAAUGGUAGAAUUCUCUAGACUACGUGCUGAAAAUUGGCAACAGCUUGAAGAACCAGUGUUUGAAAUGCCUGUGGAUUGGGAUCUUUUUACUUGAUUAGUUUAGUUUAGAUGAUAUACUCCUUUUAUUAUCCCCAGAUAUACUUCAAUAAAAAAAAAUUCCCGAUAUUCCCUAUACAUAUAUAUUUAUAUAUAUAUAUAUAUUAUUUUUACUGAUUAACUGGAUUCAUUUUUAUUUUUCAAUAAAUAGUUUAUUAUGAUAGAUCAUAGAGAUGACGGUUUUCAUCAUUUGCAAGUGCCAG